CAACAAUAGUGAACAACCAAACAACACAUCAACAGAGAAGCCAUGAAAACUCUGAUUUGUGCACCAAACGCAGCCUUCAAUCUCUCAAAACUUUCUCCAUGGAAACCAAACUUCCAAGCUUAUCAUCAUCACCCUACACACAAACUCAACUACCCCUUCACCACAUUAAAGCCACGUGCUAGUGCCAAAGGCUUUUCUUCCACGGGGCCUCCAACUGUUGCAAGUGAUAAUGCCAAUACUACUAAGAAGCCCAUGAGAAGAAAAAACAAUGAUGAUGAUGAUGAUGAGCUUCCCCAGGAAGUUAUGUACAGGCUAAUAGGUAGGAUCUUGUUCUCUGUUGGGGUGCCAAUGGGGUUGGGUUUGGCCUUGUUGGGCCUUUUUGGAGAGCUCAAGGAAAAGCAUGUGUGGGAUGCACCACUGUGGUUACCCUUUUUGACAACACUCUUGACUUUUGGAGCUUCCUCUCUUGGGAUUGCGUAUGGAGCACUUUCCACAAGUUUGGAUGCUGAAAAGGAAGGUUCUUUUCUUGGGGUGGAACAGCUUCAGAAAAAUUGGGUAGAGAUGUGGCAGGAGAAACAAGAGGAUGAAAACUAGGCAGCCUAAUCAAGGAGAAAUUAUUAGCUAGGUAGUCUCCGACCACCAUCACGUGUUUAUGGCCCCCACCAAUCUCUACAUGGCACACAUGACACGAGUUUUUCAAUUUAUAUGAAAGAAUUAAUAGCAUUGAAUUAUGUGUUAUGUGAUGAUUAGUUGAGAUUAUGAUGGUCCCCGAGGAUGUAGUAAUUCCUGCUUAAUAGUGAUAAUUUUGCAAAUGCCAAAUGGGUUCAUGAUGUUGCAUGAGAUAAAUUAGUUCUGUACAUCAACAUACCCAAGUGGUAAUUUUGCACCAUAUAAGAAGUCAGAACCAUAAUUAUUGUUGUAGUUGUUAUUAUAAGUGGUGAAAGAUUUGAGUAGUUUGUACUAGGUCUUAGGUUUAAACUUUGUUGCUAUCAUUGCAUAAAAGAAAAUUGCUCUUCUAAGUGAAAAUAGAUUGUAGUAUUGGUCUACCUUGCCAUACGACAAUUUUAUUCAAUAUUUGUAUGAUUUUCAUAGGAUGUUGAAAUCAGAGAUACAUAUUUAUGCUUACCAGAUGCAGAAUUUGUAAGAGUUACACUUUUCAUAAGAUAAAUGUGGAUAUAGUAUUAUGUUGAUCCGCAUGCCAAUGCCAAAAAGUUCAAUUUCUGUUUUGAUAACAGAACCUACUA